CAGUGAGAGCUCUCGGCCUUGUGAUCCCCGGGGUGGGGCCCGUUUCCGAGCGGGGGCCAGCCGCCCACCCCCACGAGGCCCCACGUCCAGGGCCAGAGGCCGAGAAGCCCCUCCCCGCAGACGGAGACAGCCUCAAGAAGUCGACGCCCCGGUCCCGCCGCCGGGCUAGUACCCAGAGGCUGCCGCCGCCUCUCCAAAUUCCUGCGGCCGCCGCGGCGCGGGGCAUGGGGCUCUGAUGGCCAUGGACGGCUACAAGGGCUUCCUGGUGCUGCUGGUGUCGGCGCUGCUCCUGGGCUUCCUGUCGGUGAUCUUCACCCUCGUCUGGGUCCUCCACUACCGUGGGGGGCUCGGCUGGGAUGGGACCGACCUCGAGUUUAACUGGCACCCGGUGCUCAUGGUCACUGGCUUCGUCUUCAUCCAGGGCAUCGCCAUCAUCGUGUACAGGCUGCCAUGGACCUGGAAAUGCAGCAAGCUCCUGAUGAAAUCCAUCCACGCAGGGUUAAACGCCGUCGCUGCCAUUCUUGCCAUUAUCUCUCUGGUGGCCGUGUUCGAGAACCGCAAUUACAGGAACAUCACCCACCUGUACAGUCUGCAUGGCUGGGUUGGACUGAUAGUUGUCAUACUCUAUGUCUUGCAGCUUGUCCUAGGUUUUUUGGUCUUUCUGCUUCCUUGGGCUCCACUUUCUCUCCGAGCAUUUUUAAUGCCCAUACAUGUUUAUUCUGGACUUCUCCUCUUUGGAACAGCAAUUAUAACAAUACUUAUGGGAGUGACCGAGAAGCUGUUUUUUGUCCUGACGAAUCCUGCAUACAGUACAUUCCCACCAGAAGGUGUCUUUGUAAAUACUCUCGGCCUUAUAAUUCUGGUGUUUGGGGGCCUCAUUUUUUGGAUAGUUACCAGACCACAAUGGAAACGUCCUAAAGAACCGACUUCUACCCUUCUUCAGCCAAAUGGAGCCACUACAGAGGGAGUGGAAGGCUCUGUGGCAACCAGCUAUGGCCACAACAUGGACAAAUCGGAUUCAGAAUUAAACAAUGAAGUAGCAGCAAGGAAAAGAAACUUAGCCCUUGAUGAAGCUGUAUAGAGAUCCACCAUGUAAAAUGUUAUAGAGAUGUAUCAGUAUAACUUUACUUCUAAAAACUAGCUCUACAGUUUAGCUUCUCCUAUUUAGCCAUAAGAUAAUUUGAGUUACAUAGCAUCAAUAUUUUUUUUAAUCGCAAAGGAAGAUUUCUUGAAAGAGUUUGUAUUGAUUGAGGCCUAUGAACUUACAUGAAUUGGAAAGGAUGUGAUCAAUAUAAAUAAUAGCCGUUAUAAAUUGUGGUUAUGUUACCUCUUUCUUGUCGAGGACCAAAGCAUCAGCACAGUGCCUUGCACAGAACAGGUGCUCAAAACAUGUCUACUAGCUGGUUAAUUUGAUAAACUGGCAGCAUCCCUGGCCUGUUGUCAUGCAGUCAUUUCCUGUUACUUCUGAGAGCCCAGUGAUUUCAGAACCAGGUAGAACCAGUCCUAAAGUUUUAAAAUCAGAUUAUGAAUAUCUGGGACAGACUUUAGACCAUUUUGCUACACAGGUAUCAUGGUUAGAGUAUAGGGGAAAAAAUUAGGAAAAUAACUGGCUCCUUCCUCCCCAUGCCUGUCUUCUGCUCCCUCCCCAGCUUGUUUGGGUUUCAAUUAGCCUUGGAGACCAGGGUGUAUAUUAGGGUAUUUUGGAACAGUGUUUGGGUCACAGGUAGUUGAAGAGAUCUUCUCUGGUCAGACUUAGAAGAUUUUCCAAAACUCAACUUAGGUCCAAGACUUCCCUUGGGUUGGUGUGCUUUUUACGACCCAGAUUCUAAACCUCUUAGAAUAAAAACAUGCCUGAAUGCUUAAGCAGCAUAAACUGCUCUACAAAUCUCAAAGAGCAGUUUUAUCUAAGUUUCUUUUCUUAUUUUUAAAAGUUCUUACGUGGAACUUACUAUAUGCCAGGCACUCCUCUAAGUACCUUACAGGCAUUAGCUCAUUCAGUCCCCAGACACACCUGAUGAGGUAGGUACUGUUACUAUUCCAUAAUUAUUCGACCCAAGGUCACGCAGCUCAUACACAGCGGGACUGAGAUUCAAACACUGGCUAUCUGGCUCCUUGGUCUGUGACCAUAACCAAUCACUAUGCUAUUAACUGUCUUGUACUAAUUUGCACCUACUAAACAUCCAUUGGCUAGGGUGGAAUGGGGCUAUUUAAGGGGUGCUUCUUUCCCUUUGGCUUGAUUUCCAGGCAGAUUCCCCAGAUAACCAAGGAAAAAGGGCCACCCAUACGUGGAGUAGAUCAUGGGGCCCCUGCUACUGCCAACAAGCCAUGGCCUACCUUCAUACUCCUUUGAGCUUAAAAUUGUGUCUUGGUGACAGAAAGAUUUGGGCAAGAAUAUCUAUAGCUUUCUUCUGAUUCAAGCAGCUGAGAGAGAGAAAAAAAAGAACAUCUGCAGCUUUCAUGAUUAAUUAAUUGCAGUUUUCUUCUUAGGAUCUUAACUGCUGAAUAACUUUGAAUUUGGAGCUAAAAGAGACCUAUCUCAUGGUCUGCCCUGCCCCGGGGCAAUAGUUAGGGUUCUUCCUGCUUUUCAUGGAAUGUUGGGGCUAUUUUGAGCUUUGGGUUUCUCAGCAGUGGGUUAGAGGUAACAACUUUUCAUGUGUGGAAAUCUCUGUCUAGGCUCUGGGCUGACUUAAAUUAAAAUCUAGAGUAGUGCCUAUGCUGAAAUGAUGCCUUUCAUUUUUUGGUUGAUUUUUGGCUUCUCUGCAAGCUUAAACUGAAGCAUUUGAAUGUGGAUAAAAACCUUACAGUUUUUACACCAAAUACACAUAACAGUUUUGGUGCUUAGUGAAUUUCCUUUUAGAUAAUUGGUAAUUACUUACAAAGACUGAAUACGAGCUACACUCCAUCAUAUCCCUUAAACUUCAUGGAGAACCAUUCGAGAUUCCCCUAUUAUAACGCUGUUUUCUUCUUAUUUAAUUAAUUCUGUUUCCAAAAUUGGUAAUAGAGACAGAAGUAUCCCCAGUGCCCAGCCCAAUGCCUGGCACAUAGUAGCACAAUUAAAUUCAGUAUGGGAAGAGCGGUACAAUCUUGGUGCUAAGUCGAAGGAGGAGUUAGUUGCAUGGUCACACACCGUUUGAUAAAUGGAUGCUUCAUUACAUAGAGGUGCACAAAAUUCCAGGGAUUUGGGGGGACAUAGUGACUGAGCCUCAAGAAUUUAGGCUCCCAUUGCUUUUCAUAUAGGCCAAGAAAGAGGUUCUGAGUGAAAAGUUAAUUAUGGAUUUGGCGCUAGAGUAGCUCCACUGCAAAGUAUUUGAGCAGUGCUCAUCUCAGAGCUUUAUUUAAUCUUUCAGGUGGGCUAAUAUAAGGGUAAUCUUACAGAUAUUAUAGGAACUUCUUUUCUUUCUGUUUUAGCCUUUAAUAAAACAAUACAUAGUAAAAUAUAUCUAGAAAGCCUUUCUGUUUUAGACUCUUCUUAUAAUGGGCUUUUUAUGCCAGUGAUAAUUGUACCUUUAUCUUUCAAAAGCUGAUAUUUCCUGCCUAAAGUAUCUCCCCCAAAAAUAUCUCAUUAAAAAGUCCACAAAGAAUAGGGGAGAAGAAAGCCUUAGGUAUCAAUUCCAAAACAGGGAUUGAAACCUCCCAAAAUAAUUAUAGUUUAUAUCAUCUGCAUAGAUAAUCUGGCUUGGUUUACCCUAUAAUCUAAUUUCAGAAAAGAAAGCUUUAUUUUAACACUCAUCUGAAUCAACACUAAAGCCUUUUCUCUCAAAGAGUUUAUUAAGAAACUCUAAUGAAUAUACUUUUUGAAUUAAUGUCAUCAAAAGUAUACAGCUUCCUGUGUUUCUUGUGUCAAACUGGAUCCACCCUCCAAAGCACUUUCCUUCCUUUACUUGCGUGGUUUCAUUGAAGCUGUGCUGUUUGGAAACAGCAUCUCAGACUUUACAGUGAAAUGACAAAGAAAGCAAUUACACUUUUGAAAGAAUACUGACAAGUGGUUUCUAUUUUCUAAAGGACGAAAUAAAGAGUGUGUCUCAUUUUUAAUUAGGCUCUUUCCCCUGCUGAGUUGGAAAUUCCAGUGCAGACUGAUUGACUGCAACUACCAAUCUGAAAGCACAAGGGAAGUAGUAAAGCUUUAUGCUAAUUUUAUUUCAAUAUGAUGGAGUUUUUAUCUUGGUAUAUCCUUUUUUUAUUAAUAGAUAACUCCAACAGAAAACUGUAACUGCUGUGUCUUAUAGGAAAGUAUAGAGGAAAGAAAAUUAUUAUUUAUCAUCUACAAGGUACCUAAAAAUCUUACAUGGAAAAGAUUUCUAUCUUUAAAUUUGUCUUUUUAUCUUAGUGCAUUUAUGGAAAAAUAUCAAAUAUCCUGAAUAUUUUAUAAUUUUGUAGGAAGAAAUAUGCAUCUAUUUUUUCUUAACUCUUUAUAUAGCAAUAAAAUUUAUUUUGGAAA